AUGCAGCCAAACCAGUGGCAGCAACAGCAGUACGGCUACAACCCGGCAGCCUACCAGCAGCAGCAACAACGCCCAGCUGCUGGAGGCUACCUCGGCGCCCAGCAAACUGGGUUCCCUGGAGCUGCACAGCAGCAACGUCCCAUGGCGACAGGCUUCCCCCAGCAGCAGCAGCAGCAGCCCAUGGGCCAGUCGCUCACCCCCAACGCCGCUGGCACGCCCACCGGUGGUGCGUAUUCUUUCCUCAACGCCCCACCACCAGCUGGAUCCUUUGGUCCUCGUGGUAGCUUUGGCAAUCAAGGCGGCAUGACUCCACAGAUGACGGGUUAUCCUGGCGCUCAAGGUGGUAUGAUGGCCCAGCGCACUGGUAUGCCUGCCGGUGGAAUGAUGAGCCAACCUACGGGCAUGCCCAUGGGCAUGAUGAGCCAGCCCACCGGGAUGCACGGCGGUCUCAUGAGCCAGCCCACUGGAAUGCCCGGCGGUGGGCUUCGUGCGCAGCCAACUGGCAUCCAUGACCCCCGUCUGGGUGCCAUGAUGCAGACCUUUAUGCCUAGCAACAUGAGCCAGCCCUUUUCGGCCACUGGUUUGCCCCAGUUCAACCAGGCCCAGCCUCUCCAGCAGACGUUCCAGAGCCUUAUCCAGAACCCCUCGACCAGCACACCCAAGGUCCCCUGGGCCCUCUCGCGUCAGGAGAAGAAGGACUAUGACCAGAUCUUCCGUGCUUGGGACACCAAGGGCGACGGGUUCAUCUCGGGUGACAUGGCUCGCGAGGUCUUUGGUCAGGCUGGCCUCGGCCAGGACGACCUCAUGAAGAUCUGGAACCUGUCCGACGUCGACAACCGUGGCAAGCUCAACCUGCCCGAGUUCCACAUCGCCAUGGGUCUCAUCUACCGUGCACUCAACGGAAACCCUAUUCCCGACAAGCUCCCCGAGGAGCUUGUGCCCCACUCCAUGCGCGACAUUGACACGACCGUCAACUUUAUGCGCGAUCUCUUGAAGCACGAGUCCAACACGCGCUCUGACACUUCGUCGCCCGUCUACGGCGGCACUCCCGUGUCGGCUGCAUCUUCCAAGGACGCCAGGGUGUACAAGCACGACGACACCCGCUCUGGUGGCUACAAGUCGUCGUCCCGCCAUCUCGACCGCAGGGCUGUGCGUUACAAGGGCGAGGACGCCGACGCCGAGAUCAAGGACCUGCGUCGCCAGCUUGAGGAGGGCUCGUCGAUGCUGGAGGAGACGGACCGCGAGCGUUCCCGUCGUAACGAAGAAGACGACAUCCUUGAAGAAGAAAUUGAUGACAUCAAGCACCGUGUCCGCCGUAUCAAGGAAGACCUCGAGUAUGUCUCCAAGGGUCGCCGUACCGCCGACAAGGACGAGGAGCGCCGCAAGCUCGAGCGCGAGAUGCUCACGUUGAUGCACGAAAAGCUCCCCGAGCUCGAACGCAGGCAAGAGCGCCGCCAGGAAGAGAAGCGCAUGGACGAGCGUGGAGCCUCCCGUGCUCGCGACAAGCGUAAUGACGUUCACGGACGUUAUGACGACCGCGAGAAGGGCAGCUGGCUGCGCGGUACCUAUGAGCGGGACUCGCGAGACCGUCGGGAUAGCUACGACCGAGGCUACGACGACAGGGACCGCAGCGACAGGGACCGUGGUUACUCGCGCGACGAAUAUGACCGUCGUGACCGCGAACGCGACGACUAUGACCGCCGUGAUCGCGACCGAGGAUAUGACCGCAACGACCGUGAUCGCGAGGGUGGCGACCGCCGCUCGCCCCUUCCUCCUCAGUCUCCCCCCAAGGCCGAUGCACCUACACCUCCUCCUGCGCCCAAGGCUGUGGCUGCGGCGCCUGCUCCCAAGGCUGCCCCCAAGCCUGCUUCCAAGUCGAUGGCCAGCAUGACUCCCGAGGAGCGCAAGGCCUAUAUCCAGGAGCAGGCUCAGCGCCGUAUCCAAGACCGUCUGCGUGCUCUUGGAGUCGAAUCUUCAUCGCCUGAGCCUGCGGUGGACGACUCAGUUGAGGAGCGUCUGGCACGCGAACGUCAAGAGGCCGAGGAGAAGGCCAAGGCUGCCGACCAGGAGCAGGCUGCUCGUGAAGAGGCUAGGCGUGCCCGCAUCGCUGCUGCUGGUGGCUCUGAUGAAGCACCAGCUGCCGCCCCCAAGGCGGCCCCUGCGCCGCCCGUCAAGUCUGCUUUGAAGAAGGCGGCGCCGCCUGCUCCCGCCCCGCGUCCCAAGCAUGCUGCCCCGCCUCCUGCUCCUCAUCCCCGUCACGCCGCUCCGCCCAAGCCUCCCGUUGCUGUUCCUGUUCCCCCAACUUCGCGGGCAGUCCCCGCUGAGGACCCCGAAGAGGUUGAGCUUCGUCGCCAGGAGGAAGCUAGGCAGGCGAGCAUUGCCGAGCGUCGUGAGAGGCUGAAGCGUCUCCAAGAGGAAGAGGAGGCUGAGCUCCGCAAAGAGGAGGAAAUGAUGGCUGCCCGCAAGGCUCGUUCUGCCGCUGCUGCCGCUCCUCCUCCCACUGUUGUUGAGCCUCCUACCGACCGCUCGGCUGGUACCCACAACCCCUUCCGCAAGCCCACGGCCGAUGCAGCCGUCCCCACCUCUCCCGGUAUGCCCAAGUCGCCUUCGACUUCUGCCAGCGGUGGCUUCAAUCCCUUCUACCGCCCUCCCCCUGCUACUGGAGCACCUGUUGUGCCUCCUGUCGCUGCCACUCCUCCAGUUGCCCCGGCUCCUCCCCCCGCGCCGCCUGCUCCUCCUGCCCCGGAGCCACCUGUGGCCGUUGCGCCACCCCCUCCCCCUCCCCCUCCCGCACCUGCUCCUCCUCGACCGGCGUUCACCGCUCCUGUUCGUACCAACUCGGCUCCUCCACCUGACGACGACUGGGAUGUCAUUCACGAGAGGGACCAGGACGACUCGGACAGCUCCGACGACGAGUAUGCCCAUUCGCGUGACAAGCGUGGCGCUCUCGCGUCUGCUCUGUUCGGCAACAUUACUGGCGGUGGCUCGCGUCCCGGAUCGGCCGACGCAAACACUGCCCCUCCUCCUGCUCCCAAGGCUGCCCCCGCGGCUCUUGCCAAGCUUGGCGGCGGUGCUCCUUCUGGUGGAGGCAUGUCGGCUCUCCUUUCCGCGAUCCAAGGUGGUUCGAGGCUGCGUCACGCCGAGACUGUGGACAAGAGCGGUCCUGGUAUCUCGGGGCGUGUUGUCGGCGACUCGGCGCCUCCUGCACACAUCAACGCCGUGGCUGCCUCGCCUCCUUCGCCUCCAGCCCAGUAUGCCGAGCCCCAGUACACUGAGUCCCCAAACCCCGAGCCCCAACAUGCCGACGAGGAAGACGAGGACUUUGUGCCCCGCAACUCCAACCGCCAGUCUACUGACUGGUACGGCAGCCUUGCGGCCGACCACCAAACCCCUGCCGCCUCAUUCGGCGAGAACGUCUCACUCGAGCCUACUCGCGAGGAGGAGGAACGCGAACAGCCUCAGCCCGAAGCUCCUGUUGCAGAGAUGGCCGCUGCGUCCAUCGAUGACGGCCCCAGCCUCGACGAUGUUGACCUCGGUAUUACCCUCCACGCUCGUACUCUUUACGACUACGCCGGCGGCUCGUUCAGCGGCGAUCUUGCCUUCAAGGAGAAUGUUGUCCUCGAUGCCCACCCGGCCAAGGAGGCUGGCGGCCCUUGGUGGUAUGCCACGCUGUCGGACGGUUCUGCUGGAUGGAUCCCCAGCUCUUACGUCGAGCCCUGCAUUGCUAAGCAGUGCCAGGCGCUUUACGACUACACUGGAAACGGCCCCGAGGAGCUGUCCUUUGCGGCUGGCGAGGCUCUCGGCGUGGUCGACCAAUCGGACCCGGACUGGUGGAAGGUCGAAAAGCUGGGCGAGAUUCUUCUCGUCCCAGCCGCGUACGUGGAGCUCCUUGCUUCUACGCCACCUACACCAAACAGCACAACUCCUACCCCAGUUGUAGACCACCCGUUCCCCCAAGUCCUCACUACUAACAUUGACCCUGCCCCAACAACCAUUGAACGCGGUGAACCCACCCCUACCAUUGUCGAAGAGCCCCAAUCCACCAUUGAGACGCCCCUCACUGCCUCGCCUGUCCUUGCUACAGUGCCGCUCGGCGCCACCCUCACCGCUGCCCCUGCUGUGCGCUCCCGUGGAAUGUCGAUUGGGCAAUACGAUGUCGAUGCCGAUGAUGGCGACGAGUCGUCCGACGACAGCGUCCUGUCGUUUUGGUCCUCGGAUGAAGAGGAAAGUGACACUGAGCAGGACACUCCCGACACCGAAGCAGAGAAGCGAGAUUCCGAAGAGCGCGAGCACAAGGACACUGAGCGGAAGCGCCGCGAGGCCGAGAGGCAAAAGGCGCUGGCUGCUGCGGGCCUCAAGAUUCGUCGCGAGCCACCAGGCAUUCCCAGCCGUGGUGGUAAGCCGAAGGGACGCCGCCGCCCAGCCCCCGCUGUGCCAAUCCGUCGUCCCGCAGCCGAGACUACGGCCCCGUCGCAAACUGAAGCCUCACCGCUGUCACCCAGGUUCGACCAGGGCGAGCAGUCAGAGAUCAAGGUCCAAGACGCCUACGCGCGGUAUGAGCAGUUCCUCGCCGAAUCGCGCGCACGACCUGUGGGUCCCAGGCGCCACUCAACUGCCGCGUCACCCGGGCCUAACCUCGCCACUCUUCUGCCUCCCACGCCCGGCCCAUCGCCAUCACCCUCGCUCAUGUCCGCGGGCAAGGCGGGGUUCUCUGGCUUCCUCUCGCGCAUGGGAGUAACCCAGCACAUGGACAGGCCUGCGUCGUCAAAGCUCAACAUCAGCCGACCCAUCAGCAGCCCACUCAUCAGUGGACCUGUCAGUGGCGGUCCGACCGACUCGCCGGCGGAGUCGCCAAUGCCAGACAACUUUGGAUCGACAUGGUCGAGUCUUGUUGACCAGAGUGUAUUGAGCACCAUGGACCCACAGGAACGCAAACGCCAGGAAUCUAUUUUCGAGUUUAUCGGCACCGAGUCGACCUAUGUGCGCGACUUGCAGCUUAUUGUGGGCGUCUUCUAUGCCAAGCUCAUGACAAUCCUCGACGAGCGCGCCCUCACUGUCAUCUUUGCCAAUGUCGAGGACAUUCUCAUGUUCAACUCGUUCUUUCUCUCGGCGCUGGAGGACCGUCAAAAGGCGUGUCGCCUGUAUGUGGACGUUAUUGGGGACAUUCUCGCCGAACACUGCCAGAACUUUGGUGUUUACAUGCCCUACUGUGUCAACCAGGAUACAGCGCGCAAGAUGCUCGUUCAACUCCGCAAGUCUAUGCCCGAACUUGAGGCCGCACUACAGGAUAUCAAGCUCAACAACCCCUCCGUUCGCGGUCUGGACCUGUCGUCGUUCCUCCUCGAGCCCAUGCAGCGUAUCACGCGCUACCCGCUCCUCCUCCGCCAGAUUGCAAAGUACACCACGCCGGACCAGGACCUCGACAACGUGCAGCGUGCGCUCACGGAUGCGGAAAACACUGUGGCCCGUAUCAACGAGGACGUUCGCGAGUCUGAGAGCAGCGAGCGACUGCGCGUCCUGUCCGAGGACUUAUGGGUCGGCGGCGAAGGACGUAUCGACCUCACCGAACCGACGCAGUACCAGGGGCCACGUAAGCUUCUCAAAGAGGGCGCUGUGAACAAGGCCAAGUCGGGCCGCAAGCUGUGGAUGGUGCUGUGCACCGAUGUCCUCAUCCUCAUCGAGAGCCGGAACCUUUAUCGCAUGCCGGUGCCUCUCCACGACCUUACCUUGCAGCAGGGUCGCGACGACGUCUCGUUUGCCCUCGUUAUUGGCCACAGUGGCAAGAAUGACAGCGUUCGCCUCAAGGCGACGAGCAACAAGGAGCGCGUCGACUGGAUUGCGACCAUCACCAAGGCGCGUAAACAAUGCCUCGCAGCACGCGAAAAGGCUCGCGCACAGUCGGGCACCAGCAUGGAUCUUGACCGGGACACGAGGCGCAACAGCCGGCUCUCAACCGCAUCCAGCAGUCGUGUGGCGAGUAACCGCAACUCGACGUAUGGUGGUUACACUCCAGCCGAGCUUGGUCUGGACCAGGUCUACGAUGAAUCUCAUUCGUAUGCUGGGCAGCGCCGUAGCAUGUACGACCACCAGUUUUAG